CUAAUCUGGGCUCAGCCGACGAUAAAGGCUCACUAAACUAAAUCGGAAAAAGAAAAAGCUUGGAAGUGAGCUCAGCGCAAAGCUCUGCAACCCAUUCAGCAAUGGCGGCACUCUCGUCUCUGCACAACCUUUCAGCUACACUCUCGCUCUUACCCAAACCCUCCCUCUCUCUUCCUUGUAUUCAUCCCAUCCGCACUCUUCACCGCUUUGCCUGCUCCCUCUCCUCUUCUUCUACAGAAUUCAACAUCUCCUUCGCCCCACCUAAACCCAAACCAAGACCCCCGCCAAACCUCAAAGCCCUCAUCCCUCCUGAAGAAGAUGGGGACUCUCCUCCUCUUGAUGGGCAGCUUAUCAUACCCUGGAUUGUGCGUGGCGAGGACGGCAACCUUAAGCUCCAAGCUCACCCUCCUUCUCGUCUCAUUCACUCCCUCGCGGAUGCCAGCACCCAGAACUCCAAGAAGAAGAAGGAUAAGGAGAUGAAGAAGCAGAGGAAGAAGGAGAGUGCAGCUGUUGGCGGUGCUGCGGAGCCCAAGCUUUCAAAGGCGGCUAGAAGGUUUUACAAUGAGAACUUCAGAGACCAACCGCAGCGGUUGAGCAAGGUCCUUGCUGCUGCCGGAGUGGCAUCGAGGCGAGGCAGUGAAGAGCUUAUUUUUAAUGGCAAAGUGACUGUUAAUGGUUCUGUAUGCAAUGCUCCUCAGACUCGAGUUGAUCCUUCUACAGAUAUUAUAUAUGUCAAUGGGAGCCGCCUUCCUAAGAAACUGCCACCCAAAGUGUAUCUUGCCCUAAACAAGCCAAAAGGGUAUAUUUGCUCAUCUGGGGAGAAAGAGUUUAAAUCUGUGAUUGAUCUGUUUGAAGAUUUUUUCAAGGGAUGGGACAAAAAGAAUCCUGGCAUUCCCAAGCCACGGUUAUUCACUGUUGGUAGACUUGAUGUUGCCACAACUGGCAUGCUUAUUGUGACAAACGAUGGAGAUUUUGCACAAAAACUUUCACAUCCUUCGUCCAUGUUAAAGAAGGAAUACAUUGCAGUAAUUGAUGGUGUGGUAAAGACACAGCACUUAGUUAACAUCAGUAAAGGGACAGUAAUUGAGGGCAUGCAUUGCACCCCAGAUUCUGUGGAACUAAUGCCACGGCAACCAGAUCUAAAAAGACCCCGUCUUCGUAUUGUGGUUCAUGAAGGAAGGAAUCAUGAAGUUCGUGAACUUGUGAAAAAUGCUGGACUUGAGAUUCAUUCCUUAAAGCGUAUGCGAAUUGGUGGUUUCAGACUUCCAUCAGAUCUAGGGCUGGGGAAGUACGUAGAGCUAAAACAGAGUGAUCUGCGCGCAAUGGGUUGGAAGGGUUAAAAUACAGUGACUGUUUCAGCGGCCAUUCACAUUUCCCAUGCUCUUCAUGAGAAAGAAUUCAUUUGAAUGAAACACAACCUUGGAGCCACCUCCUGACUUCACUAGUGUUUGGGUUUGGUUAUCUACAAGGCCAAAAACCUCGAGUUGAUGAUGGCCGCAAAUCCUGUUUCUGGGGAAGGUCCAGUAAAUCACUUGUAUAGAUGCUGAUACAGCUGCGUUUGGACCAUAUUUUAUGUAUACUACAAUGCGAAUUAAUAAAAGAAUGACUAGUAU